AUCUGUUCUCUGCCUCCCAUUUUUCCUCACCCAGAGAAAUCAAACCACAAAACCCGAAUUGUCCCCAGCCAUGUCACCUCCCACAAAUAGCUAUGCGCUGCACCGGAACUACCACUCCUCCGCUCGGUUAAACGCCCAGAAUCACCUCUGGAAGGAUGCGCUGGGCUACAGCCUGCAUCCGUGCAUCGGGCUGACCCCCGACUCGGCCCCGCGCAUCGCCGACAUUGGCACGGGCACGGGCAUCUGGAUGAUGGACGUGAAGCGCGAGUAUCCUGCCGCGCAGAUCGACGGAUUUGACAUCUCGUUCGCCCAAUGUCCGCCGCCGGAAUGGCUGCCGGAUGGCGUCCGGCUGCGCGAGCUGGAUCUGUAUGAGCCGCUGCCCACCGAGCUGGAGGGGAUCUACGACGUCGUGCAUCUACGGUUAUUCUUUGUAGUGAUUCGAAACGAUGAUCCCGGUCCAGUGUUGCGGAAUAUGCUGCGGAUGCUGAAGCCCGGUGGGUGGCUGCAAUGGUCGGAACACAACUACGAGUCGUGGUCAGUGCAGUCGGUGGGCGGCCGGGAGACCCCCGCUUUGGACGAGAUGAUGAAGUUGAUGAAACAAACGGGCCUGGGACGCUGGGUGCCCGGUCUCCCCGAUCUCUUUGCGCAGCAUGGGAUGGUGGACGUGCGCAAGGAACUGCAUCCGUGCAGCCCGCACAGCCGCGUCUACUGGAGUCAACUCCAGUUCAACUCCAACGAGGAAUACAGUUAUCUGGCUAUGGAUAACAGUACGUCGGAGGCGGCCGGGCCGCGUCUGCGCACUCUUAUCGGUCAGGCUGCGGACGAGUGUCGCCAGGGGGCGGGAUUCGACUUUACCCUGGAGGUGGCGUUAGGCCGGAAGUCCGCAGGGGAGGCUUACUAGGUAAUUAAUAUAUUAUCAAACCAAUAGGACAGAAUUUGUCUGCACGUUUAGCACGUUUAGCACGUUAGC